UUGCUAAGCAACGGGGCUUGUUUUGAAGGUAAAAAAGGUGACGACGACGAUGAAUCGGCGCUUUUGGUCUUUAUCGAGGGAAGAGAAGGCAGAGCCCUUCCAGACAGGCCCUACACCCCAGGAUCUGGUCCCAGGUUUUCUGUUUAUUUGAGAUUAUAUUGCAGUGCAAACUCAUAUAAUCCAGUUUAAAGCAGAAAACCUGGGAUCAGAUCCUGGGAUCUAGGGCCUGUCUGGAAGGGCCCCCAGGUGAGAUUGGACUGCAGCAGCCAUCAGCUCGAGAUCCAAUGAGGUCCAGGGUUUGGACUACAUCCCCCAAAAUCCCCAUUCUGUGAUAAGGAAGAAAUGGAGAAUGCCCCUUCCUGUGGGACAAGUGAAUGCGUUCAAGGACCACCUAGUUCUUUGACGAAGGAAGUCAAGAAGACACGAUUCCCGGAGCAUAUCUAUCGGCCAAAAAGCUCUCCCUCCAAAUCUGAAACCUCUUCCCCAGUAGAAGUUACGGGCGCAGAGCCAACCUCCCACUUGCCCUAUGUACCUGUCAUUUCAUACCGCACCAAAAGGCUGAACCAGAGGCUGCCCAUGAAAACCCAGGGGCCCGGUCGAACAAGACUGGUCACGAUGGAGACCAAGAAGAUCAUGUCGGUCAUAGAUGAGGCCAUCUUGUGGGCCGAGCUGAUCAGCACCUUCCCAUACCUGAUGCAACACCUGGAAGCAGCGAGCACGGUGCUGGGCCCUGAACUGACGGGAGCGUUUAAGGAACACCUGAGGCUUUCUAACAUCCUGAUUGCCACACGCUCCAGCCUCAAAGGAACAGGCCUCGUGCACAAGAGCACAUACAAAGGCAAGACCCAUGGCGCCAAAGAUCCGACAGGCCACCUGCCUUUGGUCAUCUACGGCCUACAGGGCUCCAUCCGUAAUAUUUUGCGCCUCUUCGAUGCCAACUCUGACACCUGCCAGAUCAUACGAGGCUUUGCCCGCCGGAGGCGCCUGAGUGCCAAUCUCUUCCUCAAGAGCUUGGUCGAGUUCCGCAUGUUUUUCCUUGAGAGGCUUCUGACUACUCCGUUGGAAGACAAAGAAUGGAAGGAGCUGAGGGAGGAACUCAGUGAGCAGGAUAAAAAAAACAAAGAGCUGAUCGCCUUGUUGCAGGAAGAAGUAACCGCUGCAAUUCUGGAUCAGGAUGAGGAGCUUUCCAAGAAGGAUGCGAUCAUAAAGGAGCUCAAGAACCAGCUGCACAACCUGGCCAACUGUGCCGACAGCCAGAUCCAACGCACCCAGGCCGAAGCCGAGGAGCAGCAGAAGGAGGCGCAGCAGGGGGCGCAUGCCAAGUGCAUCAAGUUGCAGCAGGAGCUGAACCAGCUACGGGUCCAGUUCAAUGCCCUAAUCUCGGAGAACCAAGAUGCCGAGAAGGCAAUCCGGAAGAAGAAAUUCAAAGUGGAGAUGGAAAUUGAGAACUGGGUCCAGAAGUAUGAUGUCGAGAUGGUGGAAAAACAGAAAGAGAUUGAAGAAAUCGAUGUAAUCUAUUCGGUGGUGAAGGAACACCUUGCCGACCUGCGGGAAAAGCUCCGCCACCUGGACCAAGAACACAUCCAGAUCAAGGAGGAACGGAAGAUGAAGCUGGAGCAGAAGGAGAAGUCUGACCAGGAGAUGGCCAUUCUGGUCCGGGCCGCCACCAUCAUCCAGGCCUUCUGGAAGGGUUACCAGGUGAGAUCGAUGCUGCGCACUCGGCGGAAGAAGAAGAAGGGCAGAGGAAAGAAGGCUAUCAAGAAGUAAAAAACCCCCAAAAAAACAACCCCCCCCCAAAAAAAACA